AUGCACAGAAAACUUAACGUAUCUAUCUGUUAUAAUAAUUGCAAACGUUCACUUGUUCGACAACAUAAAGUUAAAUUUCAUAAAAGAUCAAAAGAAAUCCAAGAAGAUUUGAAAUUCGAUAUAAAAAUUCUUGAAUCAAUCGGUGAUGUUAAUAAUAAAAAUUGUUUUGAACAAUCAGUAAAAGAAGAAACAAUAAAAGAAAAUGCUUUUAAAAUGUUAAAAGAGUUUAAACAAAAAAUGAUAUUAGAAAAAGAUAAAGAAAAAGAAGUUGAUGGAAUGUUUCCAGAAGAAAUUGCUAAACAAUGGUAUAGUUGGGAACAAGAAUGGAAUCGUGAUAAAGAAUUACGUGAUAAAUUAAUUCAUCAAAUUCUAAAUCAAAGACAAAAACAAAUUAUAGAAAAAUUAGAAAAAUUAAAAGAACAACAACAAUAUAUAUAUGAAAGACAACGAACACUUAUUAAUGAUAUGCAACAAGCAAGAAAAUAUGAUAUUAUUGAAAAACAAAAACAAAUCAAAGAAAGAGAAGAAAUAAAACAAGAUUCAUCAAGACAAAUAUCAUUUUUACAACAAAAACAAAGACAAUCUCAAUUAGAAUUAGAAAAACAAGAUACUUUUGAAUCUGAAGAAAAAAAAUCAAUACAUGAUUUUAUAGAAAAAGUCCAAACUCCUAUAACUACUACGACUGUUGAACCUAAAUUUUACGGUCGUCGUCGAGUUAAUUGGAAUUAA